GGGAGCUGUAGCGGCGGCGGCGGCGGCGAGCGGAGCUGGGAGGCGGCGCGGCCGGUAGUGACAGUUAUGGAAGGAAAUGGAAAAACUGCUGCAUCAGGUCAUGUGAAAUUUCGCAUACCAAAGAAGAAACCAAACACAAAGUCAGAGGAUGUCCAUGUUCAGUCCCCUUUGUCAAGGCUCACAGACUCCCACCAAUGGGACUGCCCUUUACAAGAGUGGAAAUCAAGGGCAAGAAAUCAAGAGCCUUAUCCAAAGUGGAAAAGACAAAGGGACUUUGACAGACCCAGCUUCACUGGCGAAGAAUCAACAAUUGGGCAACCCAAAGUUAUGUUGACGAAUGUCCUGAGGACAGAAAUAGGAAGAAAAUACACACAGAGCCAGCUUAAAACUGAUGCUAAUUUAUCUGAUGUUGACAAGUUGCAAUCAGAUCGACCACCCUCAUCAUCCGUUGCCAGCCUAGAGAUAUUGCAAAUAUUAAAUCCUCCUCUCCAAAGCCUUUUUAUAUCCAAAAGGCAACCCAAAGUUAUUUUGAAGAAUGUCCUGAGGAUGAAAAUUGGAAGAAAAUACAUAAAGAGACAGCUUAUAACAGAUGCUAAUUUAUCUGAUGCUGACAAGUUGCUAUCAGGUCAACCACCCUCAUCAUCUGUUGCCAACUUGCAGACAUGUCACAUAUUAAGUCCUCCUCACCAAAGCCCUUUAAUAUCUAAAAGGAAUGAAUGGUGCCAGAAGAAGACAGAUGACAGUCUUCUGAAAUUGUCUGAAUCUUCUAAAGAAGCAGAAAACAAUAAUGCUCUGUUUACUGUAAGAAGAUAUGACCAGCAGAAGAAAGAAAACAAGGAAAGCGAUCAACAAGAUAAAGAAAGCAAAAUCUUGAACUAUACCUCUUUUGGUUUGAGGGAAGCAAGUUGUCUGAAUUCUGAGAAGAGGAAAAGAAGAUUUAGUGGCCAUUUUCCUGAUCCAUGUAAUGCAAGUUCCCCUGGAAAAGUACCAUCGUCAUAUAAAGAACGAAGAAUAAUUUCAACCCAGGGCCACAGAUCUGACCUGAUUCAGGAAAAUAUUUCCCUGGUUGUAGAGGCAGCAUGUAAAGAAACACCCAUCUGUGACCAUUUGGAACCAGCUCUCAGCUGUGCAAAGGAACACUGCUCAGAGGCUCCUCCCAGGAGUUCAUUGCAGAAGCAGUAUUCUGCCACCAGUGAGGAUAUGAGGAUUUCCCCACUAGUUGGCACUGCUGGUAAACCAAAGAUGGACAUGUCCGAGUAUCUGAGCAAGUUGCGCAACAGAAUCUGCAAGGGAAAUCAGUCAUUUGUUUCAGCUGAGCCAAUUGUUCUUUCCAGCGACGAUGAAGGCUCUUCUGAACCAAAAGAUUCAGAAAGGCUGGAUCUGCAGCCCGUGUAUGACGACACAACUGAUAAUAAAGAAACAGAGCAAGAGCCUGAGUUACCUUUGGCAGAAGAGCUAUUGCAAGAUGUAACUGAAGAGGAAGAGCAGCUCUGUAUUUCAGCUGAACCACUUGAAGAUAACUCUUCCAUAGACUUACCUUCCUGUAACACAUCCAGUAUACAGAUGGGGCCAGCAUUAGAUAUUAAGAUUACUACGCUGUAUAUAGGAAACAUAAAAGGAACGUCAACAGGUUGUGUUACGUUUACUACAAGGUAUAUUAAGAUCCCAUUUCAAGUGUCUCCUAAUAAGAACAUAGAAUUGUCAGUGGAUACCAUACACCUAAGGAAGUUUGGCCUGUGGAGGAAUAAUGAAGAUUGUCACUCUUCAAGGAGUAGCACUUUCAUUUUCCUUUGGCUGUCUGCAGACUACGUAGAAAAGAUUGAAACCCAAUUGGAGAAGUCUGUUUUAAGCAAGCCAUCCAAAUCUAGCGAAUUUGUUUUCCUUGAACUUGUCCAACCGCUCACGGAAAGAGAACAGAUUAAGCUGAAUGAGAUGAUUGCGGAAGUGAGCAAGAAAAACAGGUCACCAGAUCUCUCUGACUUCUUGUCUUGGAAGCAGGCAUUACCUUUGUUUAAGGACUUGUCGCCUGAGGAAAGCUCCUUUAUGAAUUGUUGCCAGGCUUCAUUUCAGCAGCAGAUGCAGAAGGACAGCGCUCCAGUUCUUGUGAACCCCCUAUCUCAGGUUUUUUCUUUUUCUCUCCACCAGCAGGAACCAAAAGCAAAUGUCACCAAGCCAAGUUAUGCUCUAUUACAGAAGCAAAAUGGUGGUUGUUAUUCCAUUGCUCUGUCAUCUAAGUCAGAUGAUGAGUGGAAAGAAAUAAGAGAAACUGGACCAGUUCAGAAUUUGAUUGUUUAUCCUGCCCCACCCACAAAAGGAGGACUGGGUGUCACAAGAGAGGAUCUAGAGUGUCUGGAGUAUGGAGAAUUCCUCAAUGAUGUCAUCAUUGACUUCUAUCUUAAGUAUCUCUUGUUGGAGAAAGCACCAAAGCAGCUUGCUGAGCGGUCGCAUAUUUUUAGCAGCUUCUUCUAUAAGUGCCUGACCAGGACAGGAAAAAACUCGGAAGAAGAUCCCAAACUGUCAGUGGCACAAAGAAGACAUAAAAGAGUAAGAACAUGGACUCGACAUAUAAACAUCUUUAAUAAAGAUUACAUCUUUGUGCCUGUUAAUGAGGAGUCUCACUGGUACAUUGCAGUUAUUUGCUUUCCUUGGUUAGAAGAAGUGGUAUAUGAGGACUGUCCAGAUCAGGGGUCAUUGUGGUCCCAGACUCAGCAAUCUCCACUUCAGUCCGAAAAGAAGAGGGAAACAGUUAGAACCAACACAGUGCUGGUCUUCAAUGAUAAUUGGAAGAAUAAAGAAGAACUGGAUGUAAAGAGCAAUCUGCACUCAGAAGGUAAAGAUCAUCAUGCUUCGUCUCCAAACUUGGAGUCAAAUCAUUAUGAAAGCUCUUUAAGUAAUUCCAAAUUAAAGAAAGUUUGUAAAAGGCCUUGUAUACUCAUCUUGGAUUCUUUGAAAGCAGGUUCUCUGCAGAACACAGUUCAGAUCUUGAGAGAAUACCUGGAAAUAGAGUGGGAAGCUAAACGAAAAACACACCGGGAAUUCAGCAAAUCAACGAUGAUGGAUUUCUGUCCCAGAGUCCCGAAACAGGAUAACAGCAGUGAUUGUGGGGUAUAUUUACUGCAGUAUGUGGAAACCUUCUUCCAGGAUCCUGUUGUUAACUUUGAGCUACCAAUGCAUUUGGAGCGGUGGUUCCCUCGUCGGGUGGUGAGGAGCAAACGGGAAGAAAUUCGAGACCUGAUCUUGCAACUGCACUUGCAACAGCAAAGCGGCAGCAGCAGCUAAUGAAUCUGUUCAGCCAAACCUGGCACAAACGUUUACAAUAAAAUUGCUGGAAAGCUGCUUAGGAGCAUUUAGCCUCUUCCUUAUGAGAAAGAAAAAAUGCCACAUAGUAUUUUUGUUCAUUUGUUGUAAAUUUAUUCUGAGGCUUUAUAUUUGAAUUGUAUGGUUAGAGGGUGCAGGGAGGGGUGGGUGUAGAUAAAGUGUAAAUAUGUAAUUUAAAAUUAAUAUUUGUUGGCUAACUGAAUUUUCACUUGGAAUCGGAAGCAGCAUACAGGUAUGUGCCGUAAAAAUGUGAAAAUAUUUUAAUUCUAAGGAGUGUGUUCCUCACCAUUUGUUACAUUCAUGUAACUCUGGGAGCUGAGUAAGCAUAUAGGUGUCAUAUGUGAUGCCUCCUUGUUUAACUUGACGACUGAUAAUAUGAUCUCAGACCUAUUAUUGUAAGUUUCCCCAUUUUGCAAUUCUCGUGUAUAGUAUGAAUACUAUGUAUUUUUUAGUUUGAGAAUAUAGUUCUGAAUCUCUUUAGAGAUGCCUUUUGUGGUAUAUUUUGUAAUAAACUGAAUCAGGAGUAACCUGCACCCAACAGGAGAUCAGCCUGUUGAGAGUUGAAA